GACACCGACCAAGAAAGCAAACCCAUAUCACACAAGUGACCUUUGCCUAGAGACUUGGUCGAAGAAAAUAACUAAACCCACCUUCCUAAGUCUCCUCUUGUAUAUAAAUCCCAAACCCAAAUCCAAAAAAGAUCGAUACUUUCCACACCUUCCUCUCAUUUCAACCCGACCCGUUACCAAUGGUUCCGUCCGAAGACCGCUCAGAGAUCGCCUUCUUCGACUUAGAGACGACAAUCCCCUUUCGAGCUGGCCAAAAGCACGAGAUUCUCGAGUUCGGUUCCAUCCUCGUCUGCCCCAAGAAGCUAGUCGAGCUUCGGAGCUACACGCAGCUCGUCCGACCCGCGAAUCUCAACCGCAUCACUGAUCGCUCCGUGAGUUGCAACGGUAUCAAGCGUGAGGACGUUAAGUCGCAACCCACCUUUGCAGAGAUCGCUGACGACGUCUACGAGAUUCUCCAUGGAAGGGUAUGGGCAGGUCACAACAUAUUGAGGUUUGAUAUACCAAGGAUAAGAGAAGCUUUUGCAGAGAUUGGAAGGGAUCCACCAGAGCCAAAGGGCACCAUUGACUCCUUGGUGUUGCUUACUCAAAAGUUUGGGAGGAGAGCUGGUGAUAUGAAGAUGGCGACACUGGCUACAUACUUUGGGAUUGGGAAUCAAACGCAUAGGAGUCUGGAUGAUGUGAGAAUGAAUUUCGAGGUUCUCAAGUAUUGUGCCACUGUUUUAUUCCUGGAGUCAAGUCUACCAGAUGAACUUAUAGAGAACUCGGUUACUACUACUACGCCAGAAACAAGUUCAAGAAGACGUAGGAAUACAAGAACAUCUCCGGUUGGUGAGCAGACAGCGGAGAGCACCACAGCCAUACCUAUUCUCUCAUUCGUCUCACCAGCAGGAUCUCAAACCAAUCCCUUUGAUAUGAGCACUUUAAGCAACGAGAUAGCCUCCGAGACUCUUCAACCAGAUGUUCCCAUGGAAGAAGAACGAAACCAGCCAUCUAAGGCUAUUAUUACCUCUGACCAGGAAGGAUUCUUGGAGCCUGGAGAGAUAUCUAGUCCAAGCAUCAAAGCUGUUCAGGUCCCUCUUUAUCACGGGAGUCAAAUAACGAAGCCUCAGCUUGUCCUUGGAGACAACAAACCUCUUCAGCUCCGUUGUUCUGACCUGAAAGUAAGGUUUGGAAUCAGCGGCAAAUUUAUGGAUAACGCUGGGAGGAGGAAGCUGAACUUUGUGAUUGAUCUGUGUCCAAGUCUCUGCAACGUAUUGCAAGAGUGUGACAGUGCUGCAAAGACGAUAUCUGUUGAUUCAGGCAGUGGUUCUGACUGGAACCCGGUGAUCAUUCCGGUGAAAGGGUUUCUCAACUCUCCUACCGCAAGGAUACAUAUACCGAUAGGGUUAAAUGGAGAAAUGGACUGUUAUGCAGCUGAGAUACACCAGAGGGAGCUGCCUGGAGCUGCUACUACUCAUAAACUCAUCUCAAGCAACCCAAGCGCUGAGGAGCUUGAGUCUUUGGUGAAUCCAGGAACUGUCCUUGAUGCUUUCUUGUCUCUGGAGCCAUAUGAUUAUCAGCAAAGAGCUGGGAUCCGUUUAGUUGCUAGAAAGCUUGUUAUACAUUAGUAAACAGUACUUGAUAGCUCCAUAUAACUGCUGUUCAGUAGAAAUAUAUUAGCUGAUUCUGUUUUUAGUUUCACAUUACUUGUAACUUCAGACUUAUAUUCUUCAUAUACACAUGGUUUCUUUGUCUGAAUUUGCAAUCUUGUGUCUGGAUUCGGUUA